AUUUUACAAUGGAGGCACCUCCGGCCCCGAAGAAGGCACGAAGGAGUGAGGUCAGUAGGAUGCAAGACGAGUCGGUGCUUUGCGAUGACGAUGAAGAAGAUUCUCCGUUCACAUUGUACUUUGUCGAUCUUCCCAAUGAACCAACAGUCAAAGAAAUUCGCAAUUUAGAAGAGUUAUUCAAAACUGCAAAAGCUGUGGGAAUCAUGCCAGAAUGGAUUGAUUCAGAUGCACUCGAAGAUCUGCAGAAAUCUGAAGACUUUUUCGUUUUACCCUGUUUCCGCGGAAAGCUUUUUCGAAAACUUCAAGCCCGGAAAUUGAAAGUAUACGGUCCUCCAAUUGUUCUUGAAAGUAUCGAAGAUGGGAAGCAGCUCCCACAAUGGAAUCAUCCAGUGUAUUCCAGUGUUUUUCAAGACGUAAAAAUCAGUUUCACCGGGUUGAAUCUUACGAAAAAGCAAGAACUCUACGAAAAAAUCGGAUGGAUGUGUGGAGUGGUUGGAGAUGCUCUAUAUCACGAAACGACUCACCUAGUAACUGAAAAAGCAGAACAGACGGAAAAGUAUAAGGCUGCUGUCAAUAAUUCAAUCAAAUUAAUGCGAAUCGGAUGGAUUGAUGAUCUCUGGGAAACUUCUCAAACCACAAUGGGCAGAUUUAGUGCUUUAUCGCGGGAUUCAGUUAAUUCCUAUGCAUUGAGAGUUUUUGAAGGGCUCGAAAUGGCAAUCACAUCGAUCGACGGCGCUGAUCGUACCAAUUUCAUUCAGCUGAUUGAAGAUCACGGAGGAAAAGUGCCUGGAACCAUGUCAAAAACCAGAUGUAGCUAUCUUAUCAGUGAUAAAAUUACUGGAGUAAAAUAUGCAAAAGCUGUUGAAUGGAAAUCAAUGCAAAUUGUGCAGUCUCGAUGGAUUCGGAAAUGUGUAGAUUUAGGACAUCUUGUAGAUGCGGGAAAAUAUCAUCCAAAAUAUUUAACGGCUGAUCAUAUUCGAUCUUCCACCCCGAAACGUGAUGCUAAUGUGACUGAAAGUGUGCCGGAUAUCUCAUCAAUCGCUGGACAUGGAGGUCGUUUGGGUACAUCUUCAUUCAAUUCUUCUAUUCCACAAAUGGAUCAAUCAUAUCAACAUCAAUCAGGAUCUUCGUUUAUUUCAUUUGCUUCUACGUCAAAAAUCCCGUCGAGUACUUUUACGAAUAAUGAUUCAACAUUAGGAAGAUCUGGAAGCGGAGUUAGAGAUGGAAUAUCAACUCCAAUAGCUCGAGUUCAAACUACUCCACUGAUUCGAUAUCCAACUACUCAAACAGCAUCCGUUCAAAAUAUUGCUGACGUUAUUUCUGAUCCUAUCGAUGAACUUCGAAAAAAUAUUGACGAUGGACUUGGAGAUCUUUUUGAAAACUGCAUGUUCUAUAUAUGUGGAGUCGACGAGUCUCGAAUGGAAAAAUGGCGUCGAUUUCUGAACGAGACUGGAGCAACGCGUGUCGCAAAAUUCACAUCAGCAACGAAUGUGGUUGUAGUUUCGCCGAAUCAACAAGAACGAAUUACCAUUCGAAAACACCUUCAUCAAGAAGAUAUUGCAAUUGUUACUGUUGGAUGGGUGGUCGAGUGUGUCAAACAGCGGAAAAUGAUUUCAGUGGAAGGUUAUCAAUGGACUGAAAAUACAGCUGAUGAAUCACAAUCUUCUCAAUCUCAACUGCAACCAGUAAGACCUCAGCCUCUUCCCCGGACCUCGUCUAAAUCAACCAUUCCAUAUGGUAAAACAUCAGGACCAAGCUCUACUUCAACUCAAGUCGGAAUUUUCUCAUAUCACACGUAUUGUGUCCAUUGUUCCGUCGAUCAAGAAGUUUCUGAUGAUUUGAAAGAGAAAAUUCCGUUGAAUGGAGGCAAACUGAUGGACGAUCCAGAUUAUGCGGAGUUUGUGAUUUUCGGACAUUCUGGACCAAUGCACGAGUUGAUUUCAUUUGAUGCUGUUGUCACGGAUUUUUAUAUUUACGCGAGCAUCGGAAACAACAGAUUUCUCAAUCGAUCGUGUUAUCCAUUAUUUGUACCACUUCCCCGUCCUCCAAUUCUAAUUUUCAAUCAACGUGGCUUCCAAUUAAAAUGCAAAGAUCCAUUUCUCCGUGAUCGUGUAAGAGAUAUUAUCGAGGACAAUGGAGGAAGAAUUGUGGAGCAGUUGGAACCAAAGGAUUUUAUUAUUAUGAUUGAUGCAGAAGACAAUCCACCAAGAUACCAUUCCCGAACACUCGAUUUUUCAUGGAUUAUAGCCAGUGUGAGCAGAUGUCGAUUGCAGCCAAUUGAUAACUUCCUGUAUAAGAACAACACGAGGCCUCUAAGUGGAUUUCAACGAGACGAUGAUCUCUGGGAAAAGUGUUCUCGAGAGAAGAAUAAUAGUACACAAGAAAUGGAAGUUGAGGUUGAAGAUAGACAUCGAGUACAGGAUCUACCAGUAGAAACUGGGAAUGGGAACAUCGGUGACAUGACGACCCCCUAUGUGAAUCCUUAUUUCCCCGAUCUUCGAAAGCCAUAUACGAUGAACCUCCAACUCGACGGUGUUAGCGAAUACAUCAACAAUAUGGAGUCACCGGCACGUGAAACACAGGAAACGCUGACAACUUCUCGAGUUGGAAGCAUCCUUCGAAAAGCUGUCGUGAACACUGGAAGAAACGAAGAUUUCGAGGAUGAGCCUUCCACGUGCCACCUAAUUCGACCCAGAGUUCCAGAAAAUCGAAAAACUGUCUCUAGUACUCCCGUUCUUGUUCGUGAUGUAAACCGUUCAAUGAGAUAUAUGCCAAUGGAUGAAUCAUUCGCAGAUCAAAAUCAAGAACACGAAGAUCUGAACCGUCGAUAUGCAAUGAAUCCACGUUUUUUGCUCAGUGUUUCUAAUAUGGAUCCUCAACGAGCCGCAGAUCUACAAGAAACUAUCAUGAAGCUUGGUGGUACCAUCGAACGUGAAUUCAAUAAAGAUGUGACUCAUCUGAUUGCGAGCAACAUGCAAAGAGCUCCAAAAGUUCUUUGCUCAAUUGCAGCUGGAAAAUGGUGUCUAACACCUGAUUAUGUGACUAAAAGUGCUGAAGUUGGUCGAUGGCUCGAUGAAAAAUCAUUUGAGUGGACUCGAGAAAAGUUGUUGGCGUGUUCGAAAAAGAACGAGUCCCUCAAAGAACGAGAUAGUCGGAAAGUUUCCGAGAAUCUAGCAGCUGUUUGUGGAUUAUGGAGGCAACGUGUGGCAGAGAUGCCGGUUACAUUUUCAGUUAGCAUGGAGAAUCGUCAAAAUGGAGCAUUCUCGGAUUGGCGUUGCGUAAUUCAUCUCGACGAUAAGAGAGCUGGCGUAUUUUCAUCGAUUCUGGAAGCCGGUGGUGCCAUUGUUCAUUCGAUUUCCGAGUAUGUAGAAGUAUCUACACUUAAGCCUAACAUUGUUUUGGCAUCCAAAGAGUUCCCAUGGAAUCCUCAGAGCGCUGUGUUGCUGAAACGUGAUAAUAUUCCGAUCUACGUCUUCGACAUCCUUUACGACUUCCUAAUCGACAGAGAUAAUCUAAAUCGAACCAAGUUUUGGCAUAAUGUCUACAUGAAAGCAUGAGCCAUUCCGAUUUUCUAAAUGUGCUAUAUAUUUUUAAUUGGUUUCAUUUUUUGUCUUUUUUAAAUUUCUAGUGAUUGUUUCAAUUUUUUGUUUCGUAAAGUUUUCAAUAAUUU